AUGGAAGAAACGGCGCCGUGGUACUCUUUGUAUUCUGUGCUGUAUAAUUUGAAGCAUUGUUGUGUAAAUGUGCUGAAAGAGACAAAGAGCGCUGUAGUCGAUACACUAUCCACGAAUGUCAAGGAUUUUCGUGAGUUUGUGCGCAACUGCUCAUCAGUAGUUAACGCGCUCAAUGAUAUAUUAUCGUUUGGGUUAGUGGAAACCGAUCCAGAUGCACUGCUGCGCGUAUACCACCUAGCGACAUUAGAGGAUGAAAAAAUGCGCUCAGUUGUUGCCUUGGAUGGGAAUGCUCCCUUCUCAAUUCCCGAAAGUUGCUACCGCUGUUGGAACUCCUACACUCGCACAAAGACAUCCAGUCUCACUACCAAUACUCUAUCUUUACCGAUCCGGAUGGUCUUUCUCUCCUCGUACGUCUCUUCUUCCUAUUCUUUUUUUAUUUCUCACUCCCAGAGCAGCAUUCUCCACAGCCUCGACCCUCUCACCUUCCAGCUCCCUUUGGUCGUCCCGGUAGACGCCUCCCAACUCCCUUCUACCGACGACUCCCUCUCCUCCUGGUCCAUGUUCUCCUCCCUCUUCUCCUCUCUGGAGCGCGGCGUGUCCCUCAUCGACACCUACUUCGACGACAUCCUCUCCAGCGCGUCGUCGCGCUCCAUUUCCCUCGAAUCCGACCAUUCCCUUCCCGCUUCUCCUUCUCUCCGCGCCUGGCUCUCCGCCGCGCACCCGCCGCCCUCGAUCGAGCCUCUCCUCUGCGUCCCGCACGUGCUCACCGCGGUUCUCGCUUGGAUGGAGCGAGGACUCACCGCGGACUGCGCCGCCGCCGCGAAGUUCGAUCGAAGCUCCGUGGUCGACGUGCUGGAAUUCUUCAAGACGCACAACCGUCUUCCGGACUCGCUCGACGGCCAGGCCGCGCUGUCCGUGCUGCUCUUCGUUCUGGAGAACCUCGACGAGGGCCUGCUCCCCGCGGGACACUACGACACGCUGCUGCUAGCGAUGCUGCUGCCCGAGCCCAGCCACCAGAUCCGCACGCUGCAGUCCGUUCUGCGCGACCUCCCGCCUUUUUACAAGGUUAUUUUGGAGCGCGUCAUCACCACGCUCUCGCAGCUCUGUUUCUCCUACCCUCUCGACCGCCAGCCCGCGGCGCGAAACGCCCUCGCGCACGUGCUCGCGCCCGUCUUCGUGCGGCGCCUCGCGGGGCGGGGCAGAACCGCGGGGGAGCGCGCGGCGUGCGAAGAAGCGAUUCGAAUUCUAUUGGAACAUCCGUCGGACGUGCUGGUGCAGAUGCGAAUCGCGGAUAAACGGAACCGAAUCAGGGAAAUCGUGGAACUCCUCAACGUCCCCGUCGACCUCAAAACCCCCGAGGGCGUUUCAUCGCGGUUGCUGCGGCAGCUCUGGGGGAACACAAUCGGAUUGUAUUUCGAGUCGCGGGGACAGCCGGUUCCCCCUUUUACCCCGGUUUCCCCGUAUUGGAAGCUCAUCGGCUUCCAGCGCGAAACGCCCCUCACGGACUUCCGCGGGGGCGGGCUGCUCUCGCUGAUGCACCUGGUGUCGUUCGUUUCCACGUUUCCCCGAUUCGUUCUGGCGCUGAUGUCGAUCUCGAGCGAUCUGAAACUGCCGCUGGCGAUCGCCUGCAUCAACCUCUCCAUCCUCCUCGUCAAGCAGCUCGGCUUCUUCGCGCUGUCGCCCGCCGCGCUCGACCUCGCCGCGCUCUCCCACAAGCCUUUCUGGACGCUCGCCGACGCUCCCUGCUUCCUCGACCAGGUCGGGUUUCCACGUUUCCCUCAUUUCAGCUCUUCCUCGCGCUGGCCGCGGGGACCUUCGCGCUGUUUCGUCCCGAGGACCCCUCGUUUCUCCAGUUCACGCCGCUGCUCCAGGAGGUCGACGCGCUGCUCGCUCGUCUGCUCCGCGCGCCCAAUCCGAGCACUCCGCGUCUCUGCGCCGCGCUGCGCGCCGACCUCCCCAAGAUUCUGCACGGAAAUUUCGCGGGGAACCGCGGGAAUGACAAGGAGAACCCGCUCGCCGCCCUGCUCGACCAGAACCGCGGGAACGAGUGGGUGA